AAGCCAAAGAGCAGAGACGGACGUUUUCACUCGCAUCUCCUAUUCGCCGGACGGCGGACGCAAGACGCCGCAUCUCUAGGCUCCAGCUCUCCUCCGCAGCUCCGCUCUGCCGCUCGCCCUGCCGCUCGCCCUGCCGCUCGCCCUGCCGCCCCUGCGCAUGGCCUUUUCUACGCCGGCCGCCGCAUCGCCUUUGACCGUGGAAUACUCUCCAGUCUCCACGCCGCAGCCCGCAUAGCCUUCCAUUUCUUGACUGCUGAACUGCUUCGGCGCAGCUGUCAAGGCGGAGAAAGAAACUGUAGACGUUUUUUCUCUUUCGGGUCUGAACGCUUGUGAAGACAAGUCAAGGACCAGGGGAGAAGACGGAGACGCAUCAACUAAAAACCCAAACUGCCAUUGCUGAUUAGCUCAUUGAACCCCGAACCCCCUUUUCUCUCCGGCGGCUGAUCGGAGAACUUCUUGCGGCGGAUUUUCUUGCAAUCGAACCACAACCUGUUAAAAAGUGAAAGGAAACUACAGCCAUGAGUUGCUUCGGGUGUUGCACUCAUGAAGAUGACAUGCAAAGGAUUCCUGACAAUAAUGGAAAGUACAUGACUCAUAGCUCAGCAGGCCCUACGGGUCAACAUGCUACUGAAAGUGCACAAAGAGAAACACAGCCUGUAAACCUCCUCCCUAUCACUGUCCCUGCCAUCUCAAUUGAUGAGCUGAAAAAAGUCACAGAAAAUUUUGGCACAAAGGUUUUGAUUGGUGAGGGGUCAUAUGGAAGGGUAUAUUAUGGUAUUCUUGAAAGUGGACGAGCUGCAGCCAUAAAAAAGCUGGAUUCCAGUAAGCAGCCUGAUCGGGAGUUUUUAGGACAGGUUUCGAUGGUGUCAAGACUUAAACAUGAUAAUGUGGUUGAGCUACUGGGUUAUUGUGUGGACGGUGGUGCUCGUAUAUUAGCCUACGAGUUUGCUCCAAAUGGAUCUCUUCAUGAUAUUCUCCACGGGCGGAAAGGUGUGAAAGAUGCACAGCCUGGUCCUGUGCUGACGUGGGCCCAACGAGUAAAAAUUGCAGUUGGGGCUGCUAAAGGACUUGAAUACUUGCAUGAAAAGGCCCAACCUCAUACUAUUCACCGUGAUAUUAAAUCUAGCAAUGUUUUGCUCUUUGAUGACCAUGUUGCUAAGAUUGCAGACUUUGAUUUAUCAAAUCAAGCCCCUGAUAUGGCAGCACGCCUUCAUUCCACUCGUGUUCUUGGGACUUUUGGUUAUCAUGCACCCGAAUAUGCAAUGACUGGUCAAUUGACUUCCAAGAGUGAUGUUUAUAGUUUUGGGGUCGUUCUUCUUGAACUGCUAACUGGCCGCAAACCUGUCGAUCAUACUUUGCCUCGUGGACAACAAAGUUUAGUAACAUGGGCAACGCCAAGGUUGAGUGAAGACAAAGUGAAACAGUGUGUCGAUGGUAGACUGAAUCAAGAAGAGUACCCUCCAAAGGCUGUAGCGAAGAUGGCGGCAGUUGCUGCCUUGUGUGUGCAAUAUGAAGCUGACUUCCGACCAAACAUGAGUAUUGUGGUAAAAGCUCUUCAACCUCUAUUGAAUCCCCGAACGGGGCCGCCAGUUGAACGACAGAACUAGUGAAUUCUCUUCCUUUACCCCCCCCCCCCCCCAAAUGCCUUAAAGGUCCAGGUUAUUUUCGUGCACUGUUCUAAAAACAUAUGAAUCGAAGGAUGAUUCAAAUGCUGUGUCAUUUAUGUGGGUUUUGGUUUCUUUUCGCCAUUCUUAUGCAUAUAAUCGUUAUGUAGAUGAAAUGACCAUAAUUGUAUUGUAUUUUUUAUCAAACGAAACAAUAAUAUUUCAACUGAGCAUUAACCCUUUACUAUUCAGUAUAGCAGUAUCUUUUAUAAUGUGU